AACACACCAACUACCAUAUGGGUACCAGAAGACAUACCUGUAGGAUCAAGAAUUUUUAACUUUACAAAUGAUGCAGGAAUGCACGUUUUUUGUCAAAUUACAGCUGGAAAUGAAGCGAGACGGUUUGCCAUGGACAUGGACAAGUGCGAGAUCUACACGGCUGGACGUCUGGACUACGAGAACCCGAGCGGCAGACGUUACAAUCUGACCAUAAGGGCCAGCUCAGGAACAGGGACGAAGAGGGGCUCAGACUUUUUAAAUAUUGACGUCACCGAUGUGAAUGACAACACACCGACGUGCGACAACUACACUGUCUUUGGCUCGUUGCACGAGGACGCGGCGAGUGGAACAAGUUUCGCUCAACUCGCGUGUCGUGAUGUUGAUUCGUAUGAUAAACGAGGGCUUCACUAUAAAGUUAUAGCUGGUGAUGUUGAUGACAUCGAGAUAGACGGUCAGACAGCGAAACUGAAACAACGAAUCACCAGCCACCUAAAGGGCCACACACGCCAGGUGACAGUACAGGUGAGAGAUAGAGCUCGACCGCCUCACACCACCAACGUCACAGUCGUCCUUCACCUUCAACACGUCCAGGUGCCCAAGUUUAACACAUCCCAGUAUCAUAAAGAGCUCUCUGAAAACUCGACUGUUGGAACAACUGUUCUGGUUGUCACCGCUACCGAUGGAGGCGCCCCUAGUGGAGGCGCCCCUGGAACCCGAAACUCACAGAUCACCUACAGCUUACAAUGUCAGCCUGACCUACUACUGGUCGACAGCGUCACAGGUGCUGUGGUCACCAAGUCAACGCUGGACACCAGGGCUAGUCAAAACAUCAGCUGUACUGUCCACGCCCGGUCAUGGACGUCAGGGAAAACCUCGACGGCAAAACUUGACGUGGUCGUAAAUGACGUCAACGACCUGAGACCAGUUUUUAACCAGACCCUGCCAUACCAGGCUAGAAUGUUCGAGAACGCCACCAAUGGUUCGCUGGUGACUUGUGUGCUUGCGACGGACGGGGACACAGGAUUGGACGGGACUGUCCGAUAUUCGCUGGACGGGGCUAGCAGUCUGUUUGUUAUCAACGACACGACGGGUGAGGUCAGAUUAAAUGGACAGUUGGACUACGAGAUCAUGACGUCACACCUCGUCGUAGUUGUAGCCGAGGAUCAGGGCUUGCCGCCAAAAAGUAGUUCCGCUUUUCUUCAGGUUAUUGUGGAGCCAGUGAAUGAACAUACACCUGUGUUCCACCACACCAACCUGUCGUUCUCGGUGCCAGAGGAUACUAAACCAGGGAUGCCGGUGUUUAGGUUGAACGUAACCGAUGCUGAUGCCGGUGACGAUGGUGUCAUCCAGUACUCGAUCAUCUCUAGUGACAAACCGAUACCGUUUUUAGUGGAUCAAUUCUCAGGUGUUGUACGUUUGGCCAACACACCACUGGACUAUGAGACACGGAAGACGUACAGCUUUCUAAUUUUGGCCACUGACAAGUCAAGCAAUCCUCGGUCAGCCACGCAAACUUUGACAGCCUACGUGAGUGACGUCACAGACUGGUCGAUCACCUGCCUGCCAGUCCCACCUGUGGUCGUCAGGUACCCCGUGUCUAACGGCUCCAGCCUGGCGCGUGUCUCAUGUAGCUGGGGAGACCCACCAGGGGGGACGUUUAACUACAGCAUUGAUGAGGGGAACCAGGACGGGAUGUUUGAGAUGGACACCUCUGGCGCUUUACGUCUGAAGAAUCCAACAAACUUCCCGGACAAACCAAGAUACGAUCUUCACGUGUAUGUGAACUCAGGCCCCGGCUCAACGUUUGUCAACUUCACCGUUUUCUCUGAGACCCGCUUACAAUUUGUUAACUUCAACCAUACAUUGUUUGUUCGGGAACAUUCGCCUGUGGUCAAGCUGACCACACUGUCGGCGUGCUGCACGUUCCCACAGCUGACCUACACCAUCGUGAGCGGGAACAGCGACAACAGGGUGAGCAUGGACAGCUACACUGGGAACAUUUACAACAACGUCCCCUACGACAGGGAGCUGCAGGGGGUGUACAACUACGUGCUGGUGGCCACGUCCACUAGUGGUCAGUCGGCGACUGCCACACUGACCGUUAGCGUGCAGGACAUCAACGACCACUGGCCAGAGUUUGAUAGAAAUAUUUACGUCUUUAAAGUGGACGAAAGUUCGAGCGUGAAUUCGGUCAUAAGCCAAAUCACAGCAACUGAUAAGGACAGCAGGCAAUAUGCCCGACUGACCUAUAACCUAACGGUUGGGACAGAUUCAGCAUCCUUUAGCAUUGAUGCGGGGACAGGUUCUCUGAGUCUGAUACAAGGUUUAGAUUACGAGGCUAAGACAACUUUGACGGUUGAAAUCACGGCUGCAGAUGGGGGUGUACCGCCAAAAUCAGGAACAACAACUGUGGUUAUUCAAGUACAAAAUAAAGAUGAAUUUAAUUCAACGUGGAUUGCCCUUCCUGGGACAUGCACCUGUAACCUAACGGAAGACGUUGCUUUAGGGACUUUAGUAUACCAGGUCAACGCAACAGGCAAAGACAUGGAUGCCAUCUUCACCUACAACAUCACCAACGGCAACACCAAGAACGACUUUUUCAUUGACCCCGCCUCCGGUAAAGUCUUUGUCAAUAAAUUCCUGGACAGGGAGCGGACGCCCAGCUACACGCUGACCAUUGUAGCUGUCAAUCAAAACGGUCGGUCAGUCACAGGAACGUUGACCGUCAACAUCCAAGACGUCAACGAUAACUACCCAAAGUUUUCACAAAAUGUUUACGUGUAUUCCUUCGCUCAUGGGUACACUGGCCCUAAUAUCGGGACUCUAACUGUGACUGAUGCGGAUGAAGGUACCAACGCUGUCGUUAUUGGUAAAAUCUUAAGUGGAGACACCCAGUCACAGUUUGCCCUGAACAACAGUAGCCUGCAGCUGACAACAAGCCAGUCAUUCGAUUACUUGGGCAUCAGAAGAUUCACUCUGAUCGUGGAGGCUGAAGACGGAGGCUCUCCAAAGCUGACAUCCACAGCUGUUGUUGUCAUUAAUGUCACACCAGCUUCCACAGAUGCCAAGUUUAACAUUACUUCAGACAGCGUGACACUUCGAGAGGAUGUGCUUGUUGGCACUCAAGUCUACGACUUCAAUGCCACACUGCUGGGUGCUUUAGAAGAUGGAACCAUCAGCUACACAAUGUCAGGUGGCGAUGGAGAAUUUCAAAUACGGCCAAACACUGGUCAAGUUUACGUUGCUUCAGCCUUAGAUUUUGAGAAGAAAAAAGAGUCCUAUAAUUUGAUAGUUUUUGCUAGUGCCGUUAAAAAGAGGGCCUCAUGUACGCUAAUCGUAACCAUCACCAAUAUCAAUGACAAUACUCCCAGUUUUCUAUCCAAUAUUGUCGGUGUGACUCAGGAAACUUUUAGUUUUGUAGUUGAUGAAAAUGCAACCAUAGACUUUGUCGUGGGGACGGUUUUGGCCACUGACGCUGACCGGGGCCCAUUCGGUCUGGUCAGUGAGACCAUGACUGGAACUUCAGACUUCGUCCUUGACCCAAUGACUGGGGUCAUCACGGUGAAGAACAAGCUGAACUACCUGAAGAAAAGUUACUACAACCUUCUGGUGACGGCCUCAGAUGGAGGGACCCCAGCCAAGACAGCCAAGGCUUAUGUCGUCAUCAAGGUCAAUGACGUCAAUGACCACAGUCCAGAUUUUGUGACCACAUUAAACACGACUUUACUGGACUCCGUGCCAAUAGGGUCAGAAGUCUUUAGGUUCUACGCCACUGACCUUGACACUGGGAAUGCCGGAAACGUUUCUUACGUCAUCAAAUCGACCACAGGCCCUGGACUUUUCUCACUGGACGAGUCCACGGGUGUCUUGACCACAACAGAUUUGCUGGACGCUGCCGUCACGUCAUCCUACACGCUAACCAUAACGGCGUCAGAUCAUGGUGUCCCGAGUCUAGCCACUGACCAGACGUUUACCAUAACUCUGACCGCUACAAACCCCAACUACAACACCCCGAUAUUUUCUGCCCCAGAUCCAGACACCUUCACCGUCCCCAGAACAGAACCCAAGGGAACGGUUGUCGGGACAAAGUCCGCCUCAGACAAUGACCACGGCAUCAGCGGUCAAAUCCUCUACACGAUCCUCUCAGGCAACGACGACGGUUAUUUCUUGAUGAACGAAACUUCCGGCGAGAUUCGAACCUCGACCAGCAUCCUGACGGCAGCUGACUCGUACACGUUCGUGCUGAGGGCCAAAGAUCGGGGAACGCCCUCGAGGUCAAGCACCGCGACCGUUACGAUCAACGUCACGCCGUCCCGUACUACGAACCCUGACCCUGACUACAGCUUUACGGUGGCCGAGGACAAACCUGCAGGCAGUGAGAUCGGCAGGAUCAAGGUUGACAGUCCCAGGGUACCUAGUGGAUAUACAAUAUUGGCUGGCAACUUGGGAGAUUCUAUUAAGGAAGUGUUUAACAACAUCACAAAAGAAGGUCUCCUGACUGUCUCAGCACUAGACUGUGAGAAAUACCCAGAAUACAACCUGCUGGUGGAAGUGACCACAGACAUCGGUCCGUUGACCAAAGUGGUCCAGGUCACAGUGACCGACGUCAACGACAACCCGCCAGUUUUUUCACAGACCGCUUACGUCAUCAGUAUCCCAGAAAACAUGCCGGUUGGCUACACGGUGGAGACCAUUAUGUGGUCCGAUGCUGACGUCACAUCCGCCAACCGCAACAACAACUUGACCCUGACCCCACCUGGUGAUACCUACUUUACCAUAGACGCGUCAGGUCACCUGGUUAUAAAGAAAUCCCCUAACUAUGAAGACACGUCUUCCAUUUCUUUCCAAGUGGACGCCACAGAUUUAAACGUCAACCCUCAACCGUCCGCCUCAGUGGGAGUCAGCAUUAAUUUGAUUGACGUAUUAGAAGAAGAAGAAACGCCCAUUUCCAAGGUGACCAAGAAUGCCAUGAUCUCCCUGGAAUGUCCGUACCAAGCAUCCAAUGGUCACCUGGUCUACACGCUGACCCCAGGAGACUUUGGCAUAGAAGCCUCACCUCUAGCCUAUGUUUAUUACUUCGCCUACAAAAGCUCCACAAUACCAUUCAGUGUGUCCAGCUCGACUGGUCAGAUCACAGUGACCAGCUCCUCGUCUCUAGAGAACCAGGCCAAAUAUUUCCACUGGGUUUUGUGUCGCUCCACCAUCGGCAGCGUCACCACCUCCAAGAUCUCCCUCCUGCGGAUUGAUACAUUCGACAUGACGUCACAGAUGGUGGUCAUCGAGUUCGCAGAGAAAUAUUCCGACGUCGUAAACAGAUUGUCCAUAUUUCGAGACAGGGCGCAAAUGUUUUUCUCCAACUCUCAAAGAAUCGGAUUCUCCAAUGUCAUCGAUACCAGCACCAGUUAUCGUAGGAGACUUUUAGAUACACACACUGCAGUCUACACAUAUGUCGUCAACGAUGUGCAAGCAGACGACUUGGUUAACGUCAACAAUCCCAAAACCUUCAUGGCCGACAGAGACAUACUGAAGGUCCUGCAGAGAUCUGUAGACGGGACGCCUGUCCUGGGUUUGUCCGACCCCGCCCUCCUUGACGUCACCGUAGUAGAGCCGUACCAAGCAGCCGACGCCGCAGACGCCACAGACUUCGUGUCCUCCCCCGGGGCGGUGGCCAUGUUCUGCCUGUUGGCCCUGGUGCUGCUAGUGGCCCUCGUACUGCUGGCCGUCUGCCUCUGCUACCACAAGAAAACAGACACACCCAGAUUGAAGAGGACAAGAGAAGAGAGAACUAAAGAACCAGUAUCUAGCAGCAAGGUCAGCGACUCUAAUGGCAAGUCGACAAAUGUCCAAAAACAUCAGACGGCUGCUCUCCCUUACACAGACAUCUUUGUUGUCGCCCCUGCGUCUCGCGAGAACCUUCAAGAAGACCAACCACAGUGGGGAUACGACGUCAAACACAGCCUCAGCCCGAGGUACAGGGCGAAAAGCUACCGUCCCGCCCCCGGGGUCAGUACACGGAGCGAACUGAGAACACACACAUCCCCAGCCGGGACCAGUACACGGAGCGAACUGAGAACACACACAUCCACAAGCACGCCCUACAUGAAGCCUCAGAGAGACGGCAGCAACAGUGUGAGUCUAGUGAAGGCUGGAGUCAGAGGUAAGCAAGUUCAAUCCACUAAAGAUGGGCAGAACAUCUCCAAAGAUGGGCAGAACAUCCCCAAAGAUGGGCAGAACGUCCCCAAAGAUGGGAAGAACAUCCCUAAAAAGGGGCAGAACAUCCCUAAAAAAGGGCAGAACACUCCUAAAACCAUAUGGACUGCCUACACGCCUUCUCGAAAUAGCAAGGCCGCCCAAAGAAGAGACGGCGCGACCAGAGGAAGUAGAGCGGCCAUCAGAGAAAGCAAGAACAUAAACAAACCACCGGAAGUCAAACGGAGUGACCGAGACGAGCGCGAGAGACCGCGAGAUGACGAGAGCAGCGGUACGGACGACUCGGCAAGCGUGAGACCAGACAGACCGAACACCACAGACAACACUGGACAUGAGGGAAACAAAUCGACUCACGCUAGUGACACGUCUUCAUUCAAUAUCCACCACACUGGCUCCAGUCAUGCUGACUCCAACCUUGAGGACGCUGACUCGGCUGACAUCAAGGACAACGAUGCUGACAACCCUAACAAAAAUAUUGAGACAACCCACGAAGAAAGUCUGUCUGAUGCUGACACCCCUAACAAAAAUAUUGAGACAACCCACGAAGAAAGUCUGUCUGAUGCUGACACCCCUAACAAAAAUAUUGAGACAACCCACGAAGAAAGUCUAUCUGAUGCUGACACCCCUAACAAAAAUCUUGAGACAACCCACGAGGAAAGUCUGUCUGAUGCUGACACCCCUAACAAAAAUCUUGAGACAACCCACGAAGAAAGUCUGCCAGUCCUAAAGAACGAAGGAGUGACCGCCAGACUAGACAGUGACAGCAACUAGUUCACCUGGCAACCUUUAAGUUUUUAUUUCAUGGCUCAGCUUUUUUGUAAAGUACAUUUUUGUACCACGAUACAAUUUUUCAACCAAAAUUGACUAUUUUAUAACAUUUGAGAAUGACUUCCGGUUUUACUAAGGCUAGAAAUAUUUUUAAAAUAAUAACUAGACUAGCAAUAUAAUAGUAAUUUAGCUAACACUUUUAUUUUAAAUUUGGAUUAGUAGAGUCAGUGUGUUGUGGUGAUAGGGGAA